GAUGGGGUCUAAGAGGAAACAAGCAGAGGGUCUAGGAGAAAGCAAGCAGAUAAGAGUGUUCAUCUGCCUCUAGGGGACUUGAGGCCAGCUGAGAUUUUCCAGCCCUUAUUGGCUUCUGAGAAAGGGAAUGUUUCCCUAGAAGCCCCAGCACUAUCUGGCCACCUGGUAGUUAACCAUCAGCUGGUGCUACCUCGGCUCCUUUUAGAAUGGGGUUGGGGUGGAACGGGGCCAGGCCAAGGGUGGUGGCUGCUAGGGUCAGGGGAACAUCUAAAUUUACUGUUCAGUCUCCAGGCAGCUCCAGGCUGUGGUUCACCUCUUGCCCACAUCCUGCAGAUACAGCCACCACACUCCUGCAACUCGGGUUGGGUAAGGGGUUCAGAAGCCGCUCUCGACCCUGAGUGCCUUGCCGUGAGCGCUCUGCGGGUUUUCCCAGGACGCAGAACCCUUCCCCCUUUCUGACAGGCUGAGGGACCUGGCCUCAAGUCACACAGCUGGGAGGCCGGAUGCAGUCCUGGUCUGCCUUCUUCCCACCGCCAGCACUGUGGGGUUCCAUUUCCUUCCGGGCUGUUGUGCAGUGCAGCUCCCGCUCCACUGGGUUCCAAGCUGCAGCAGCAGCAACGCAGGCGGCUCGGGCGGGCAGUGGGGGGUCGGUGACCCUGUGCGCCAGCCUGCUAGAGCCCUCAAGGGGACACGCACCUCCAAGAGCACUGGAUUGGGGUCUUUCUGCAGCCAGAGCGGGAGACUCGAUGGCCAGGGGAGGGAGUCCUCAGCCUGACGCUGCCUGGGUCGGCGUCCUCCACCUGCGGGCCGCGCCCCGCCCCGGCCCGCCCCCCGCGGGGAGUGUCCCGGGACCUCGCCCAGCUGGGCGGGCACCGGAGGGCUGAGCAGCCCCGGCUCAGCUAGAGACUUGGGGACGCUCGGGAUCGCUUGGGUGCUGCAGCAGUUUCCACGUCGAGCGGGGGACGCGCCAUGCUGAGCCGGCGCCGCGUCUUUGCGGUGGAGCGACUCGGAGGCCAGGAUGGGGCCUUUGAGGACCUGGCACAAGGCUGUGUGGUGCCGGGAGUCACCUGCACCUACAGACGGAUACCAGACAAAACUCAUGGGUGUUCACUGGACUUCAGGGAGGGACAGAGUGAGCUGAGAGAUCUGGAGGGACAGAUGCGGCUUGUGAAACUGGCUUCCCAGGAUUCAGGCAUGGAGAUGGUGAUUGGGGACAGCCCCUUGGCUACCUUAUCAGGACUUUCUCAGGAUUCUCUGAACCUUGAGCCCAGGGGGAGCCCUGAGUUGCCUCCUGCCCAGUUAGACCGGCUGCUGGCCAGACAGAAGCUGGAGGAGGUGCUGGAGAGGUCUCGAGAGUUUCCCAGCUUGUCGUCUGGAAGGCGAGGCUCCCUGCAGCUGCUGAAAAAGCCUGUAGGUGGAGAGCCCCUCUUUGCAGGAGAACGGGAGUCCACUGAGGCAGACACUGAGCUAGAGGCUGGUCUGGAAGAAGCAAAGGUGGUGGGCGAAAUGGAGUCUGGAGCCUGGACCUGCCUUCCAGGGCAGGGUUUGCGUUACCUGGAACACCUGUGCCUUGUGCUGGAGCAGAUGGCAAGACUCCAGCAGCUGUACCUGCAGCUGCAGACCCAGAGAUCCUCCAGGGAUCCUGAGGAAGAAGAAUUGGCUCCAGCUCUUUCAUCUUCACGUACUUCAGACCUUACAGUACAGGGGCAUAGAGAGGAGCUAAGCCAGACAAAGGACUCAGGUGCAGAGGCAGCUUCACUCCCAGAGGUGGGGGUGCUUGUUGCCAGCCCUCCCAGGCUGCCAGAGGCCUUGCUGGAACCAACCCACAUCCUUCCACCCUCCCAGGAACACAAGCAGGAUCUUUCCCACUGGGACAAAGUCAAGGUUUUGCUCAAUCGGAUCCGCUGGAGGAGUCCUCGACUUCCUGAGCCUCCUGUUCCCCCUGAUAGUUCUGGACCCAGGUUGGAGUUCAGGAACCUUUCUGAAAGGCCUCAGUGCCACUCACACCGGAAGACCUUUAUUCCAUCACUGAUGGUUAAGAAGCCACGAACAAAAAAUCUUUCUGUAUGACCUCUUGGUGUUCCUGGUGACCUUGGGUGGAGGGGAUUUGUCAUGAAGUCCCUCACCUUUUUGGCUUACUGCUGCUUCUCUGCACUGCCAGGAAAAGCUAUUGCAGGAUUGCUCCUCUUCAAGUUGAGGGCCAAGUCCUUCUUUAAGCGGCGUGGCCUAGGAGCCCUGGUUCCCUGAGGGCCCUGAAGUGCAGUUCUGGCACUCUUCCAGGGCUCUUCCUCCUUGUCAGAAAUCUCUGGGCUUAGGCAAUGUGAACUGACUUAUUUAUCAGGUGCUCGCAGAGUGUAUUCAGUAUGGUAACGUGUCAGCAUGUUGCAGCAGACUCUGUAAUCUUCCGUUGGACUUUCAGCUGCCCAGAUUCAAUCAUCUGAUGGAACCCUGCGUCCAGAGCGUUGAUGCUUUGGGUGUACCUGGAAGGAUGGCACUAAUCUUCAUUCCACAAUGGACAGUUACUGAUUCAGAUUUCCUAUUUGUUCCUCAUACCUGAGAUGGCUGCCCACGGACAGAGAACAACACUGUCUUGGGUGUUCCUUUGUACUGAGUCAUGGUCCUGGAGCAUGGCCUUUGAAGGCUGAAUGAGGAAUUGGGGGGAAGAUCAAGAACAAUGUGAGGAACAGCAAAUAACUUACAAGGUCAAGUCUAAGUUGCUGUGUUCUAUCCUGGAGUUUAGACCACGGCAAAGUCUCUUAAUUUCUGAGCCACAGCUUCCUACUUGGGAUGAUGCCUGCCUCACCUACCUCAUAAGCUUGUUAGGAGGAUAAAAUAACAUUAAACUUUCUCAAUAUGU